AUGGCCAUGAACAUGCGUGCGUCUUCGCGCGCCUUCAACGCCCUCAAGGGCGUCCGCUGCUACUCCACGGCUGAGCCUGAUCUCAAGACCGUCCUCAAGGCGGCCAUCCCCGCCAAGCGCGAGCUCUUGAAAAAGGUCAAGGCCCACGGUGAUAAGAAGAUUGGCGACGUCAAGGUUGAGAACACCCUCGGCGGUAUGCGCGGUCUCAAGGCCAUGGUCUGGGAGGGCUCUGUCCUCGACGCCAACGAGGGCAUCCGCUUCCACGGACGUACCAUCAAGGACUGCCAGCGAGAGCUGCCCAAGGGCAAGACGGGCACCGAGAUGCUCCCCGAGGCCAUGUUCUGGCUGCUCCUCACCGGCCAGGUGCCCAGCACCAACCAGGUCCGCGCCUUCAGCCGCGAGUUGGCCGAGAAGGCCAAGAUCCCUGCCUUUGUCUCCAAGAUGCUCGACGACUUUCCCGUCGACCUCCACCCCAUGACCCAGUUCGCCAUGGCCGUCUCGGCCCUCAACUACAACUCAAAGUUCGCAAAGGCCUACGAGGCCGGCCUCAACAAGGCCGACUACUGGGAGCCCACCUUUGACGACUGCAUCGAGCUGCUCGCCAAGCUGCCCACCAUCGCCGCCAAGAUCUACCAGAACUCCUACCGUGGCGGAGGCGCCCUCCCCGCCGAGGUCGACCUCGAGCAGGACUGGUCCUACAACUUCGCCGCCAUGCUCGGCAAGGCCGGUAAGGAGAAUGAGAACUUCCAGGACCUGCUCCGCCUCUACCUCGCCCUGCACGGCGACCACGAGGGCGGCAACGUCUCCGCCCACGCCACCCACCUCGUCGGCAGCGCCCUCUCCGAUCCCUUCCUCUCCUACUCGGCCGGCCUCCAGGGACUCGCCGGGCCUCUCCACGGCCUCGCCGCCCAGGAGGUCCUCCGCUGGAUCCUCCAGAUGAAGGACGCCAUCCCCGCCUCCUACACCGAGGACGACGUCCACAACUACCUCUGGUCCACCCUCAACUCCGGCCGCGUCGUCCCUGGCUACGGCCACGCCGUCCUCCGCAAGCCUGAUCCUCGCUUCGAGGCCCUCAUGGACUACGCCGCCGCCCGCCCCGAGAUCGCCAACGACCCCGUCUUCCAGCUCGUCGAGAAGAACGCCCGCAUCGCCCCCGAGGUCCUCAAGAAGCACGGCAAGACAAAGAACCCUUACCCCAACGUCGACUCCUCCUCCGGCGUCCUCUUCCACCACUACGGCUUCCACGAGACCCUCUACUACACCGCCACCUUUGGUGUCUCGCGCGGCCUGGGGCCCCUGGCCCAGCUCAUCUGGGACCGCGCCCUGGGCUUGCCCAUUGAGAGGCCCAAGAGCAUCAACCUCGAGGGUCUCCUGAAGCAAGUCGAGGGGCAGUAA